AUGUACAUAAAUAAUGUAAAGUUAGAUCCAUCCUCACCUAGAAUAUCCUUUGGUUGUCAACAAUAUUUUGGGACACAAGGACCAGCUUCUCCCAAUCCGGAAAGUGAAUGUUUACCAGAAGAGGAAUGUAACAAAAGUAGUUGUAAUUAUAAAAAAGGAAGUAUUGUUGUUGGAUGAUUUGAUAAAAAUAUAGUAGUCAGAACCAGUGAUGCGGGGGUUCCAGUUUCGGAACUGGAAACGUGGAAUCGGUAUAGGUCUGGAACAGAUUUGGAACUGGAACCGCCAAAAUUCUGAGCUUAUGCAUCUC